GGUCGAAAUGUUAUACCCUUCUAGAAAGAUACGAGUAUAGCUCAAGCAAAACAGUCUUUGCUAUAAUUUUACAUGUAGUGGUUUCCAUUGCAAAAUCUCAUUGCAGUUUAGUUCCGGGUAUUUCCCCGUGUAUACUAUCGCCUAUUCCGGACUAGAGUGAUGUUCAAUACACCGGACACGACAUCGAUCCAUCACUCGACCAUCCAAAGCCAACAACAACGAUGAAGCAGCGAAUAACCUACGUAGUCAGGAACCCGGAUUCCUUCACGCCGGAGCAACUGAGCGUCAAGAAUGAUGCAGCAGGCGCCACAUUCACACUAAAAGAUAUCGAUGCCGUGAAGGAACACCGCAUCACCAUCGGGCUGGACGAGCUGCCUGGGGAGCUCAGCACAUCCCUAACACAAUGGAACCAACUACACAUCCGCUGGGCAUCAGAACGCGCAUACUCCACCAUCCCCCCCUUCACAUCACGUGUCUCACCCGGUCUACACAUCUUCUUCACGCCGCUGGAAACCACGCCCCCAACCGCCCUAUGCCACGCCCUUCACGCCGCAAUCUCCCCAGACCUAAAAUGCGCCUCCAACAACGAAACAGCCAUCCAGCUCCCCAAGCUAUCAGACCGCUUCUCCAUGUCCACCGCCUCGCAGUACUACACUCACCUUCCCUCUCUGGAGCCCUUGCUGCGCCGCCUAAAUAAGACUAUCUGCCCGACUAACCUGCUGGGUGGGGAGUGCACGCAGUUCGUCGCGUCGCUGCUAACGGCUUCGUAUCUGGAUGUCGACUACGACACCAUCUCGCGCGCCCUCGUCGUGACCGCGUUCUGGGCCGACGCGCCCUCAAAAGCAGGCUGGACGGAAACCAUCGCCCAGCCCCACGCCGACGCGCGCGUCGAAGUCGGGAUCCUAGUCUCGGAGCCGAACCCCGACCCAGAAGACAUCCAAUUCGGCGGCUUCCUAACCGUAGUCGGCGAGGACGAGAAACCAACCCCGCCGAAUCCAACGUGUAAACUACACGCGCACAUCACGCUUCCGUCCGCGCUGUUCAUCGAUAAACAUCAGUUCACCGACCCGCUUUUCCUGGACGCGCACAACCUGCGCGCCCUGCGUAGUCUGGCAGGCGCGGCGGAUCUCGAGGCUCCUGACUGGGUGGUCCCGCAGUGGGGGAGCGCGGGGUUGGUGGAACUUGCUUCUCCGCCUUCUGACGAUGAUUCCGACUCCGACCCUUCUUCCUCCGCCUCAUCCCCUACCCCUGAUGCGGAAUGGAAAGCGUCUAUCCCACUACACGCGCGCUACCUCCCCCCCUCGCAAAACACCUCACACUCCUCCAUCCCCCUCCCCUGGCCGGUAGUCUUCUGGGCGUGUCGAUCUGAGGCCGGCGCAAAGAUGGCGGCGAGUCCGUUUGAGCGCGUGCAUUUGGGGUAUGAGGCGCUUUUUGGGGGGAGGACUAGGUUCUUGCAUGUCCAGCCUGGUGUGGCGGCGGGGGAUGUAGGUGGGAAGGAUGUUGGUAGGGGAUUGAUCGAGUAUAUUCCUAUCCCCGUGCUUGAUCGGAGUCGGGCGGCGUGGGUGCAGAGUGGGACUGUGGGGGCAGUUUUUGUGGCGUUUUUGGGGCUGUGUUGGGUGUUGUGGGGGAAGGGGUUGCAGAAUAGGAAUAAGGGGAGCAAGGAGAAGAAGACGCAGUGAGGUAGUUUUGUGUUUGUUUGAAAAAUGG